ACAAACGAAUGAGCCGAUGUAAACAAAAACUGAACAACUUCCAUAAACAAUUUAAUGUCCAUUUGCCAGUACGCAACCAGAGAACAGUAAACAAACUGGGCGCAGCCAAGUACGCCCAUCAGGAUUCUGUGUUUCCCGUUGUUGCUGUCCCGUUGGUUGAUCAAGACUUGAAUAUAGUCUAAUGUUUAUAUCGAAGAGGAAAAAGGCCGCUAGGAAGUCGGCAAAGAAAAGAAGAUUGGCUAGCCUAGCAAAUGAUGAAGCUCAAACCCAGCUGGUUUCGCAGCAAGGAUCGGAAUCGAGUCCAUUGCUGCUGGAAUUGGAAGUCGAAGUUGAACAUGACGAAGAUCUACCGGUGGAGCCGAUGCUUGUCGAAGAAAUCAAACAGGAAGUUCCACUUGACCUGGGUGCGGAGCUAGCGGAAGAAGUCAAGGUGGAACCACUGGAACCGGAGGAGGAAGGUCCGGAUCCGAUCGGCGGUCAGAAGCAGUUCGACCGUGAGCCGCACGUUAGCAAUGAAGCAGUGUACUCCCUUGACACCCAUUGCCAAUUCUGUUUGAAUCGGUUCGACGAAUCCGGUGGUCGUGAGUUGAUCAGCAGAAGGAAGGCCGUGUUUGUCUUGGGGUUAAGUAAGGAGAAGUUCACGGAGGUGUAUCCGGAAUGCUGCCACUUUUGCAAGAAGCAGUUUGAUCAGUCUUUCGAGUUCAAGCAGUCCUGCUUGGCGGCGUUGGCCCGGUCUGCGGAGUUUCGGGAGAAAACGGCUCUCUAUGAGAUCGUUGAUUUGAAGGUACUGGAAGUGGUCAAUGGGGCCGAGAGCUUUUUGGGGAUGGAGAGUCGAGGAACGACGAUAGAGGAACGUUCUCAAGAGCUGCAAGGAAGCAUCGAGAGGCCAAAUAAUGAUGGUUCAUCGCUGACUGAAAAUGGUCUGAGCAUAAAAUGUCGUAAAUGCAACGAGGAGUUUCACGAAUGGUCGGAACUGGAAAAGCACAGCUACAUCCAUUUUCCUAUUUCCUCGCAAGAACCGGUAGUAGAUACACGGAAGAAGGAAUAUCAGCAUAAAGUAGAACUCUACUGCUUCCGGUGUCGGAAAUGGUACCCGACGGAAUCGAUCUUCACACAGCACCAUCCAUCCUGUAUCGAGGCUGAUCGACAGCGAAACAAGCAAAAAUUUUACUGCUUCCGCUGUGUCCGAUGGUUCCCAUCAGAAACUCUCUUCGUGAACCACAAACCGUUGUGCAUCGCGCCUGUUCGCCAGAAGGACAUUCCUCCAAAUCCAGUUCAGGAUUCCACGCCGCUCGACUUGAACAACAUUUCUCCUUCAAUUCCGGCAAGUACACAACCUUGCAGCGUCCAAUCCGAGUCCAUUACCGCCAGCAAACUCCACUGUAAACGGUGUCAAAAGUCGUUCGAGUCGAAGCUGCUCUUCAAGCACCACAAACCGCUGUGCAUCGAAUCGAGGGUAAAAAAACGGUCAGCUUUUCAGUGCGAGCUGUGUCCGCAGAGAUGCAACUCCGAGAAAACUCUGAAUUUGCACAUGAACCGACAUAAAGGAAUACGUUCCCUGCCCUGCCGUCGCACCGAGGGUUGCACCAAGAUGUUCCUGGAUGUCACCAUCCGGAGGAAGCACGAGGAAAUAUGCGGACAGGACGUGCUGGCCAGUAUAUGCAGCAUUUGUGGCGCCACCUUUCGCCAUCGGUCCAAUUUGCAAAUUCACAUGACACGUCACGGGGAGCCGAAGUUCCCCUGUGAACAGUGCGAUAAAAGAUUCCAUUCCAAAGCCGGGCUCCAAAAGCACUCCUCAGUGCACUCCGAUGCGCGGAACUACGAGUGCAAAGUGUGCGGCAAGCGCUUCAAGUCGCACGAAGCCAAUCGGGUGCACCAGCGGAUUCAUACGCAGGAGAAACCGUACGUUUGUCACAUCUGCGGGACGGCUUUUACGUACAACUGUUCGCUCAAGGCACAUCUGGAGAAAGGGCAUGGAACGGUUGAGCAGACUGGGCGGAAAGAACCGGUGGUCGCCGCCAGCAAUUCAGUAGAUUCUGGAUCGCUGUGGCCACAGGAUGGUGGGUAUUAAGGUAUGGGAACGUCAGUAUCGUUCAGACUUCAGAUCAUAGGGAUUUGGGAAAAGAGGAUUUAUCAAGAACUCUAUGCUCUAGAAAGUAA